UGUCUUCACAAUUUAUUGUUUCUUAACUGUGAAAUUAAAGUAAAUAAAAGCUUUGUUUCCACUGAGGGAAAUGGUUUCAGCUUACAGCUUGGGUUACUGUCAAGUUAAUGCUUAGUCUUCUAUCCCUUGAUACCACGUCAAACCUCGCCACAACUCUGACGUGAUUUUUGUUGCUUUGAAUUUUACUUUAUUUUUCUUCAGGUGAAGUUAAUGUGUCCGACAUUCAGUGAGCUGAUGAAGGAGGUUUGAAGGUGUCUGGAUUGUUUUCAUUUCAAUAUGUAGUGUGGUUUUAAUGAAGAAACUGGAGAAGGAAGAAAAUCCUCCGACUCAUUUCAAGGUUUGAUUUUCAAAGUUUUGAUGUAUUGACGUUAAAAAUUGCUUUUAAUUUGAAAGUCAGGAAUGACAAUGUGCAUUAAAUCCUAAUUCAAGUUGCUGUAACAGCUGAUUAUUUUAUUUUGGUGAUGUUUUAUUCUGUUUUCGACACAGACGUCUGAACGCUGCAGGGAAGAAGAAGAGAAUCUGAUUGGAUGCCUUCCUGGUGCAGGUCGUCUGUCAGCCUGAAAAUGACAGUGAGCGACGCAGGUCAAGAAGCAGACCGGUGAGGGGGAAUCAAACCCACGUCGUUGGCGUUAUGUUGGUCUGUCACUCCCUGCUGCUCACUGUGGUGCUGCUCGCCGCCAGUGUCUGGAGCCAGAGCUGGAGACCCUGCACAGACCUGCUGCCUCUUGACCUGCUGGCCAGAGUCCUUCCAUACCCAGGACAAGCCCCGCCCCCACAGGUGCAGAUGGUUCAGUCCAAAGGGUCCAGAGGUCUCCGACUGGCUGGAGCCAUGGCAACAGCACUGAGUUUUCCCGCCUCCCAAAUCUUCAGCAACUGUGACUACUUCCCGGCUGAGUUCUCAUUGGUUGCCACCAUCAAGAUACCGAGACUAAGACAGAAGAGGAACGAAUACAUCUUCUCUGUGGUGGACGAGAGAUCGGAUUCCCUGUUGCUAGGGUUACGUGUCUCAGAGAACCGCCUGCACCUUCUGGUUACACCCCCCGGUGUUGGUGGACGAAGCCGGCUGAGCUUUAAGGAUAUUGGACUGGAUGAUAACCGCUGGCACACUGUGGUGCUCGCCAUCACUGGACCGUACGCCACGCUGACCGUCGACUGUGGACUUCCUCUGGAGCUUAAACAGGUCCGGUCGUUCCCCAGCGCUCUGAGCACCAGAGGCUCCAGGUUCUUCAUUGGCAGCAGGAGGAGGAUGAGGGGACGCUUCUCUGGUUUACUGCGGCAGCUGGUUCUGCUUCCUGGUUCAGACGCCACGCCCAGACUGUGUCCGACCUCUGACCCCAGCCUUGCUGAGCUAUCCAUCCCCCAGGUCCUAAAGUCCACCCCUCUGCAGCCUGACCAGUAUGGACCAGUUUACCCAUACGAGGCGGAGGCCAGAGUGACUCUGGGGAAUCCUCCGACAUGUUCAGGACCGGAGCAGGGCCAGCUGUGGUUCAACAUUCAGAAAAAAGGCCUGUUCAUCUGUGAUGGACUCGCCUGGAGGACUCUGCUGCACAAUCCGGAGCGUUUGGACUACGUGGAGGACUACCAGGAUCUGUACACCAGCUCAGAAACCUUUGACGUCGAGGUCUUCUCCAUCCCGUCUGAGGGCCUGUUCAUGGCUGCAGCCAAUAGGGACUCUCGACCCGGUUCAGGUAUUUACAGAUGGAAGAAUGGGUCGUUCCAUCUCCACCAGAACAUCAGCACUCAGGAGGCUCGAUCCUGGAAACAUUUCACCAUCGACAGUCAGAUUUUCCUGGUGGUGGCGAACUCCAAGGAGGCGGAGCCUGAGCUGUCAGUCAUCUACAGGUGGAAUCAGCGACGGCGGCGUUUCCUCCGUCACCAAACUCUGGAGACUCACGCUGCUCUGGACUGGGAGGCGUUCAGCAUCCACAACCAGAGCUUCCUGGUGGUGGCCAAUCACAGACGAGCCAGAGACUCCAACCACAACAUCCACAGUUUCAUCUACAGGUGGAACCCAAACACACAGCUGUUUGAGGUGAAUCAGACUCUGUCCACAUCCGGAGCAUAUGACUGGGAGUUCUUCUCUGUUGGACCGUACCACUUCCUGGUGGUCGCCAACACCUUCAACGGUCAGACCACCAUCAUCAGCUCUGUGGUUUACGUCUGGGUUAACGGAUGUUUCCAGACCUUCCAGAGCAUCCCGACGGUGGGAGCGACAGACUGGGAGACGUUUCAGAUCGAUGGCAGGUUCUUUCUCGCCGUCGCCAACAGUCAGAAGGUUUCAGAACGUGGCCCAAGUGUCUACAGCAUCAACUCCACCGUGUACGAGCUCAACAUGCUCACACAGACCUUCAUCCCUUUCCAGGACAUCCUCACGCACAGUGCUGUGGACUGGGAGUUCUUCACCAUCGGAGAUGAGAAGUUCUUGGUGGUGGCCAACUCUCAUGACGGCAGCUCGUACUCUCUGAACAGUAUCGUCUACAGGUGGCAGGGUUACGAGGGCUUCGUCCCGGUCCACAGUCUGCCGACGUUCGGCUGCAGAGACUGGGAAUACUUCAGGACCGACGAGGGCUCCUUCCUCGUCUACUCCAGCGCCACCUCCAGGCUCAGCAAGGUCUUCAAACUCAGGACCUACUGAAUGAGACUCCGUCCUGCAGCUGCUCGCACCUCUGCUUCAGAAACAUCAGAAGAAAGUUUGACUUUUAAAAACUGCUGAGACAUUGAUGGUCAUUAACUCAGACCCCCAAAAACUUAUAAUUUACCAUCGUUUUACACCUGUGUUUUCUUCAGAGCUGAGUGAAGUCUUCAGAGUUAAAUCCUGAGACACUUCACACCCUCAGCCUGCAGAGGAGGAGUCAGAUCCUGCUGAUGUAAUGUUUAAGCUGCGUCCUCUUCAGGAUUUUAGAAUAAUAAUGACUUAAAUUUAUAUAUGUAGCACUUUCUUAUACAGUUAUUUAAAAGAGUUAGGUCAUGUUAAGCUCUACUGAGAGAGGGCGAAGUGCUCAGGUGGGCAAAGAUAAACUUUCGAAUAUAAAAAAAAGGGCUCAUUUACAACAAGGUCCAGGUUUAAAGAUCCAGAUGAUGGUGUACUUGCUCAUCCCUAAUAUUCAGAGGACUCUGAAAACUUAAGUCAACAAUGUUGCUGCUCAUCUGAUAGCUGUCAACAUGCUAACAUACACUCACGGGCCACUUUAUUAGGUACACCUUGCUCGUACAGGGUUGGACCCCCUUUUUAAUUCUUGGUGUCAUAGAUUCAACAAGGUUCUGGAAACAUUCCUCAGAGGUUGUGGUCCAUAUUGACAUGAUGACAUCACACAGUUGAUCCAUGAUGAGAAUCUCCCGUUCCAGCACAUCCCAAAGGUGCUCUAUUGGACUCUUCUGCUGCUGUAGCCCAUCUGCUUCAAGGUUGGACAAGGUGUUGUUGCUUCAGAGAUGGUCUUCUGCACACCUUGGUUGGAACCAGUGGUUAUUUGACUUCCUGUUGCCUGUUCGUGAACAUAUGACAUCAGAGAACAUGAAAGCCAUCAGGAGAGGAAGACCCUUAAAAGCUCCUCAGAUGUCUUGUUGUAAUUUCAGCUACUGGUCGGUACUGCUGUUGUCUUUACAGGCGUGUUUCUUUAAUCUAUAUUAGUUUCCAUGUAGUCAAAGUCAGCUGAAUGGAUUUCAUUUCACUGAGCGAUGAUGAAGAGGAGGAGGGAGAGUUUUCAGGCAGUAUCUUUGCCUCCCCUUUAACUCUGUUGCGUGAUUUUGUUAAAGCGACGUCAUCUUCAGGACUCCAUAACCUCAUAUGCUAACAAUAGUAAUCAGGACUUUUCUUACACAGACCCGAAAUCUAAGCAAGUGGUGAAGAGACACUGAACACCUGGGGUGGAGCAGGUCUCACUUUCAGCCCUGCAGUGUAACGGUGCAGAACAUUACACUACACACUGCAUCAGGAAAAGGUCACUCAGGAGGAAAAACAACAUAUAGCUACGAUAAAAACGCUCAACUGAUAAAAUAUCAUAGAUUAUAAAAAUGCAUAAAUAAUUUAACCUGAAGGAAAUCAAGACAAAUAUACUUUAGUCUGUGUCUCUGACUCUGCUGUGGCGACAAAAUAACCUUAAACAUACAAACAGAAGUAAAACUAAAGCAACACAGCAAAGUACAUUGUGACGUUAUUUUAAAAGUUGCUCUGCAAAGCAAAAGUGACUAAUUUAUUUGACACUGUAAACUGGAAGAAAUGAAAUAAACUUUAUAACUUAUUAGAAAUUAAUUGGCUGUUAAGCUCUAAUGAAAGGCUUCAGAUGUUUCUGAUAUAUUAAAGCAGAAUAUAUUGUUCUUGUGUGAUGUAGCAUCGUUGUGUAAAACCAAAGAAAAGCUUUGUUAAAAAUCUUUUGUACUUAUUUUCCACAAUGUUUCUGUUUAAAACUGAAUAUUAUCCUAAUAUUACUGUAAGCUGAGAUCUGUGCUGUGCACUUGUAAUUAUGAAAUACAGGUUUGUAUCUUGAUAUUUGUUAUAAAAUACAUUUAUCACAGUGUGUCUGUUUUGUCACAGUAAAUACAGUCACACCACUGCAGACAAUAACAGACCCACAGGUGCUUUUUAAAUAUUAUUGUAUAGCCAAACAGUAAUUUAUUAUAUUUGUGUUGUGUUUGCUUAUAAAUCCUAAAUAACUGUAGUACUAAAUAUGUGACUUGGAGUGAUAAUAUAUUAUUGUUCAUGAUAAACAAUUCAUUAUCUGAAGCAGAAUUUAUAACUCAGAAUGUAACAGUUUUAUCCAUGUUUGA